AUGUCUAAUUCUUCCGAUAUUCUCGAUACACUGACGUAUUUGAAUAGAUCAAAUCAAUAUCUCGUUGCAGGAAACGAUACAUGGACAAAUCUGAUUAAUUUACCUUAUAGGAUUGGUUUGUCAUUCUCUGAUGCUACCAAGUUACAAUACCAUCAAUCAAUUGGACAGACAACUCCAGACGAUGAUCCGAGUUUCUAUCAAAAUUAUUCGUUGUUUAUUGAUAUAAUAGGUUAUUUUUUUAGUUCCUAUGCUAUACUAUGUUUUGUCACCGCAAUACUGCUGAAUAGACUGAUUCAAAUGUCUUCUUUGACUAAUAGUACAAUUUUAAACAAUGCUAAUAAUGCUAAUAAUAGGGUAGGUCAAUGGAGGAAAUUACCAUUAUGGUCCACCUUUCUUAUGCAUCUUUCUGCUUUGAUUCCUUCCGUGUUUAUCAUAUUGCAAGGUCUUGUUGAGGUGGAUAUCAUCCCAAUCAAUGAUUCCUCGUAUAUGGAGAAAAUUGGUUUAGAACCAUUUUUGGUAAGAUUGUUUUCUCUGUUUUCAUGGUCACAUUGCAUAGAGACGUUCAUUACAAUUACAUCAAAUUCGAAACCAAUGGAAGAAAGUGACUAUACCAUUUUUGAACUGUCUAUUCAAUUUUAUAUAAUGAGCAGACAUUACUCUCACUUUUCAAAUCUAACACCAAUUAAUGAUAAUACAUUUUCUACUGAGUCAAUCUUAAGAUUACAUACAAUAUCAGACUGUUUAAUGGCAAUGGUGGGAAGAAUUAUAAUACAUGUGGUAGAGAUGUUUAAUAUUAAGCACUAUAGGUUAUUAGCAAGUACAGUUGUUAAUGUUAUCUUCUUGACGUACUUAUUCUGUUCAAUGAUGACUGGUGAUAUCAUAUACUUCCCGCUAACAACAUAUUUUAGACAUUUUCCGAAAAUAUUCUCUAUUCUAAUAGUAGCAAUAUCGGUGCUAUGUUACUUAUUAUCGUGUUUAGUAAGGAAAGAUUUUUUUGGAAAUAGUUCAAGAGACACAAAAGAAUUACAGUAUUAUUCUUUCAUGAACAACUGGUGGAGCCAUUUACAUUGUACAGGUGAACAAGAGUUUUCAGUUGUGAUUAACAAAUUUGCAUUGUUAUUGUGUAAAGACGUUGACUCUAUUAAUUUCGGUAUUCAAAAAGAGUUUCCAAGUUUAAAUGUACCAUCUAGAAUACACCAUUCUUUCAUUAUUAGCGGAUAUAAUAAUAAACUACAAAAAAUUGCCUCUUUGAAUCAAGUUGUAUCGGGAAGUAGAAAUAACAACAUAUCGAAUGCUUCAAUUGAUGAAGGAUUCAAUACAUUGGAUAAUUAUGGUAAACCCGAUCACAAAUCAAGUAUUAAAGAAAAAUUCAGUGUGAUAGUUGCUCUCUUUCCUGGGUUUAUAUCUUUGAUAUGGCACUUCACUAAAAUAUUUAAACACACGCACAUUGAAGUAAUAGAACAUGAUCCACGACCUGGUAAAAAGUUAAAUUUUCACGAUUACGUUACAAAUAAAAACUAUGCCAGUUUCUUGUCAGCAAUACGGCCUUCUGAUACCAAAACGUCCGAUCUAAACCGUGAAUUUCAAGAUGAAGAAAACAUAGGUGAUGUCUUGCUUCUACCUUCAGAAGAUCUAUCAGAAGAUUACAUCCCUGCGGCAGGCGCCAAUGAAGACGAAGAAAGUGAUGUAGAUUACAGUUCUAGCGAUGAUUAUUAUAUGGGGUAUGAAGGGCUGCAAGAACAUGAUAGUGAUAAUCUAGAAACUAUUGAUGAACUAGAGGAUUAUACUGACGACGCUGAUAAAUCUUCUGUGAAGGAUGAAUUGGUAGAAAUAAUUUUGUCGAAAGAACCAAUAAAUACGAAGGAAGGUAAGAGCUGGAUGUUAUCUAUGUGGAAUUUGUUUCAAUAUCAAAUGAGAGUGAAUAAAAGACUGACAAGAUCAGAAUACAGCAAACUCAACCCAGAAAAUGUUCUUCAAGAUAUUAAUUUCAAAAAUUCUUUGGACUCUAGAAAAUCAUCAAUAACACCCAACACAAACGAAAAUGAUAACGACAGCAUCGAAGUACUAUGUGUUGUUUGUAAAACAAACGACAGAAAUAUAGUGGUUUGGCCUUGUAGAUGUUUUGCACUCUGUGAGGACUGCAGAAUAUCACUUGGCCUAAGAGGUUUCAAUACUUGCAUCUGCUGCAGAAGUGAAGUCCACGGAUACAGCAAGCUCAACAGAACAUAA